AUGGUUUCGUUUCCCGCUACAACCGAGACGAUUGCCCUGGCUCAAGAAGCCAACAGCUCGGAGGCUAUUUCGAUACUGUACCAGGUUCUUGAAGACCCUUCUUCGUCUCCAGAGGCUAUUCGGAUCAAGGAGCAAGCCAUAUCCAACCUCUGUGACCGUCUGACUGAAGAGAAGAGAGGCGAGGAUCUCCGCACUCUGCUAACCAAGCUGAGACCUUUCUUUUCGCUGAUCCCCAAGGCCAAAACCGCAAAGAUCGUCAGAGGAAUCAUCGAUGCUGUGGCGAAGAUACCUGGAACGACCGAUCUCCAGAUCACUCUGUGCAAGGAGAUGGUGGAAUGGACCCGAGCUGAGAAGCGUACUUUCCUCAGGCAGAGAGUAGAGGCGAGGCUUGCAGCUUUGUUAAUGGAGAACAAGGAGUAUGUUGAAGCUUUGGCGCUGCUGAGUACUUUGGUGAAAGAGGUUAGGAGAUUAGAUGAUAAGCUCCUUCUGGUCGACAUUGACUUGCUGGAGAGCAAACUUCACUUCUCAUUGAGAAACUUGCCAAAGGCGAAAGCUGCUCUCACCGCAGCUAGGACAGCUGCAAACGCUAUAUAUGUCCCACCGGCUCAACAAGGCACCAUAGAUUUGCAGAGUGGGAUUCUUCACGCUGAAGAGAAGGACUACAAAACCGGAUACAGCUACUUCUUUGAAGCCUUUGAGUCCUUCAACGCUCUCGGAGACCCAAGAGCGGUUUUCAGUUUGAAAUACAUGUUGCUGUGCAAGAUCAUGGUCAGCCAAGCUGAUGAUGUUGCAGGGAUCAUCUCCUCAAAGGCUGGACUCCAGUACGUUGGCCCCGAUCUAGAUGCCAUGAAAGCAGUCGCUGAUGCUCACUCAAAGAGGUCCUUGAAACUGUUUGAGAACGCUCUCCGUGACUACAAGGCGCAGCUAGAGGAUGACCCGAUUGUCCACAGGCAUCUCUCUUCCCUCUACGACACGCUCCUUGAGCAGAACCUGUGUCGUUUGAUCGAGCCUUUCUCACGAGUCGAGAUCGCUCACAUUGCCGAGCUGAUUGGGUUACCGAUCGACCAUGUGGAGAAGAAGCUAUCUCAGAUGAUACUUGACAAGAAAUUCGCAGGUACGUUGGAUCAAGGAGCUGGAUGUCUCAUCAUAUUCGAGGAUCCAAAGGCAGAUGCUAUCUACUCGGCUACUCUUGACACCAUUGCAAACAUGGGGAAGGUCGUUGACAGUCUUUAUGUCCGGUCUGCCAAAAUCAUGUCCUGA